GUUGCCUUUGGCGGCGGGCGAGUCGACCGUUAGCGCGCUGGGAGACUGAGAGCGUCAGCUUGGAUCUCCAGUUCCGUGUUGAGGAGUAAAACUACGAAGUAGUGAGCAUCUCGUUGUCAAACGGUCUGAUUGUCAUAAAGUUUUAAUAAGUUAACCAAGAGAAAUUUUGUUUGUCUGAAAAAGUAUUGCAGACUGGAGAAAUAGUCUUAAAACAUGGUGAGAAUUAUAAACUUUAGGACUUUCGUCUCAAUCUAAGCAAAGCUCCAGGGAACAGCAACUUAGCUAGAUGCAGUCUCUCAUGAGGAACAGACAGUGUCUGAGCAGCAACAACUCAGAGGGAUGGAGACAUGAUAAUGGAUUCUGAAUUAAUGCAUAGCAUAGUAGGAAGCUAUCUUAAACCUCCAGAAAGAGUGUUUGUUCCAUCAUUCAUCCAGUCUGAUGAGUCAUCUCAGAAUCACUACUCUGUGAACUUUGGAGUAUCCGCUGUUAAAAUGCUUCCUAGUCCAAAUAGCCAAGCUCUUAUUUUAGCCUUAAAAACUCUUCAGGAAAAGAUUCAUCGUUUAGAGUUAGAGAGAACACAAGCUGAAGAUAAUCUGAACAUCCUUUCCAGAGAAGCAGCACAGUAUAAACAGGCCUUGGAGAAUGAAACAAAUGAGAGAAAUCUGGUACACCAGGAACUGAUAAAGCAGAAAAAAGAUAUAAGUAUACAGUUAAGCUCAGCUCAGUCUCGCUGUACUCUCCUAGAAAAGCAACUAGAAUAUACAAAGAGAAUGGUUCUCAAUGUAGAGCGAGAGAAGAAUAUGAUCCUAGAACAACAGGCCCAACUUCAAAGGGAAAAAGAACAAGAUCAUAUGAAGCUGCAAGCAAAACUUGAAAAGCUUGAUGUCUUAGAAAAAGAAUGUUUUAAACUUACAACAACUCAGAAAACUGCUGAGGACAAGAUUAAACACUUAGAGGAAAAACUUAAGGAAAAAGAACAUCAACGUAAGCUAUUUCAAGACAAAGCUUCUGAGCUUCAAACUGGACUUGAAAUCAAUAGGAUUUUAAUGUCUUCAGUAUCAAAUCCAAAACGAUCUAGGGAAAAGAAAAAAUCUUCAAAGAAAACUAAAUGUUUAAAAAGAGGAGCCUCUCAGCAAGUUUACUCAAAGUUUGGAUCACUGCCUAUUGUGGCUGAGAAGGUGAGAGGGGCAAAAACGAAGUCUGCCAGUGCAAGUCAUUCUGUAAAUGCAAGUAUGCAAAACCUCCUACAGAUGAUGCAACAUUAUGGGCCACAUAUCCUUCAGAAACCUCCUGCAGUCACUGAGCCUAGAUGUCUCUACAAGCCUACUAGAACAACUUCCCACUGCAAAGCUGUACCUCCUGACCCAGAAAAAUCUAUUUCCAUUUGUGACAAUUUGUCUGAACUUUUGAUGGCAAUGCAAGAUGAGUUCGACCAAAUGAGUAUGGAGCACCGAAAACUACUGAAUCAAAUGGAGGAAACUGAAAGUCGUUCAGUCUGUGAAGACAUAGAAUGUGAACUAGAACAUUUAGUCAAGAAAAUGGAAAUUAAAGGAGAACAAAUUUCCAAACUGAUGAAGCAUCAAGACAGUGUCCGUAAACUGCAGCAAAAAAUUCAAAACUCAAAGAUGAGUGACGCUUCAGGUAUUCAACGAGAAGAUAGCAACCCUAAAGGAUCAAAGAACAUAAAAAAUAGCCCCAGAAAAUGUUUGUUAACUAACUCUCCUCAGAAGAACAGCAACUUUCAUCCAAUACGAGUCCAUAAUCUUCAAAUGAAACUGAGAAGAGAUGAUAUCAUGUGGGAACAGUAACACAGUAGCAAAACUGUCACCUUUAAAUGAACUUUGUCAGUGAGAUCUUAAAUUGUCUAAAGUGGUCUUAAUUUAAUAUACCUUUAUGAAAUUUUGAAUUAUGUUUCCAGCCUCUAUAAAGUGUCAAAUUGUAGUAUUUUUUAAUUAAUGCCUAAUCACCUCCUCAGAGUCUCAAAUAAUAAAUGAUUGCUUUUUUGUUUUUCUUAUUGACUGACAUACCUAAUCUCACCAUAUUUUAGAAACAUGGUUCACUUUUUAGAUAUCUUAAGCCAAAUCUAAGAAAUUGCACUGGAUUGAUGGUAUUUAAAGUUGAGUUAAAUUUGAAAUACUAUUUGAAGUACCAUUCCACUUUUUAAUUUAGUAGGCUUGUACCCUUAAGAACCAACAUAAAAUGAACAGAGUAUGGAAAGGUCUUUUAACUUUGCUAGUACUUCCUUCCUAUCUUGUUUUAGAGCUGUGAAAUGUUUUUUGGUUUUGGAAAGGGAAAAGCUUUGUAAACAGGCCUUUAGCCCAAGAUUGUAUGACAAUUACAAAUAAUAACUCACUUAAUAUUUAGAUGACAAGUCAACUACAGAAGCUUUCCUCUGCUAUCCCUAUUCUCUUUUACAAAUCUAGUUUUACAACUACGAUUUUGGUAACUUUUAGUUUUUGUAUUUUAUAUAUAUAAGAAAGUACAGGAAGAAGUUGGACAUUUCAUUUCCUCCUCCAGCAAAAAAUUCAGGGAAAUAUGGUGCAGUCUUAUUUUUUAUAUUUUUAAAUCAGUGAUGUAAUAAGAGAUUUCUUUGUAUGUAUAAGCUUUAUAAUAAAUUUACACUUUCUGACCUAUCUUUCCAGAAGCCAAUGGAAACUAAUACAACUCUUCUGAACUUUUUUGGUUCCUUACUGAAAUCCUUUAGGGCAACUAGAGAAUUGGAAUCAACUAAAGUAAAAAUAGAGAGCUGACAGAAAAAGUGUAAUAGAAGUAAGGAACUCAGAAGAUAGGGUAGCAGUUUAGGAGAUGGUGAUUCCAAAGGGACAGAAUUGAAGGUACAUCUUUACUGAAUCCACAGCUGGGGGAAUGUUCAAGCUAUAGGUGUGAAAGAAUUUUUGGUCAGGACCUUGGAGAGCUAAGAAGAGCAAUUUUAAAAGACAGUCCUAUGUCCUCCUAGGAAAUUCCCUAAAAGGGUGUGUAGGAAAAGGGUUAAUUAAGGUCCUUUUGAGGAGGGCAGUAGGGAGGAGAACUAUGAUUCAUUCUCAGUGAGAGGAGAUGUUCUGUGUUAGAAGACCUUUCCAUACCUGAAGCGGGCAGAUGACUGAAAAUGGGCAGGUUGAUACUUGGAAUUGUCCUUGAAAAUAACUAAUGGCAGAGAUACAAGUUUCUCUCCAUCUGGUUUAAACAGUACAUAGUCCUUCCACUUUCACUCCCUGACCCUCUGUCAACUCCUUCAGCCCCAGCGAUGUUACACAGAGUGCUUCAUCUAAACUCAGUUUCGUCACCUCAGUUUCUACUUUGUCUUUCAUUCUCAAGAAUGUGAGUUCCUUUUUAUUUUAAAUUAGUUUCAGGUGUACAAAACAAUGUAAUAGACAUUUACACCCCUCACAAAGUGAUAACCCCCCGCAAUCUAAUACUCUAGUACCCCACUGACAUUGUAUAUAGCUGUUACAAUUCCGACAAUUCCAUUGACUAUAUUCCCUGUGCUGUAUGCUGUACUC